AUGUCGUCGAAAUCUACAGAUGCUGCAGCCGCACAAUGGCUGGAGCAGAUGGCGGCCAUGCGAGCGGCCAUCGCAGAACUGAACUUUCCCAAGACCAACGGCGAGACGAAUGCGCCUGCGUUUGACAAUGACCUCGAUCUCGACGAGGACGACGACUUCUCACCCUGCGAGGAUAUCUGGGACUUAAUCAGCGAUCAAGAUGAAGACUACAGUGAGGAUAGCGCCGAGGUGCCUGCCGCAAUCCCGUGGAAAGAGACGACUCAAGAAGGCUCAAGAGCGUGGUUGAGAGAGCAAUGUCAACAGGUGGCGAGCAAAGGCAACGGGCUCGAUGCGUCUUCUUUGGAGGACCAGAUCAUUGCCGUCCUCGCCAGUGACAGCAGCGAUGUGGAACUUCAGAUGACACUCGCGGAUAUCCUGGGCUUCGAGGAACUUGAUCUGGUGGGCGAUGUUAUCAAGCACCGCAGGUCUGUCCUCAAGGAACCCAGUACACAGCCUUCAGCUACACAUGGACUCCUCACCAAAGCAGAGCGAGAUGCUCGUCUUCGUCAAGCAGAUCUUGCGCAUAAAAGUGCUUCUCUUUUGCCAGCCCAGGAUCGGUCAACGGCCGAGUAUCCGCAUGUCUACCGCUCCCACGAAGCUGGAAAUACCUUAUCCACUCACGGCAAGCGAUAUGCUCUACCUGUCGGAAGCCAGCGCCUGGAGCGCGAGAAGUACGAAGAGUACUCCAUUCCUGCUGCUGGUGUCGGCACUCUCGGCAGAAAUCAAAAGCUGGUCGAGAUCAAAGAUAUGGAUGGUCUGUGCAAACGUACCUUUAAGGGAUACAAGACUUUGAACCGCAUGCAGAGCCUGGUGUACCAGGUAGCCUAUAAUACCAGCGAGAACAUGCUCAUCUGUGCUCCCACUGGAGCUGGUAAGACAGAUGCAGCGGUGCUUACCAUCCUGAAUACCGUGGCCAAAAACAUACAUCCUAACCCGACAGAAGAGCCUGAUGCGACAGAAUUUGCUGUACGUGUCGAGGAUUUCAAGAUCGUCUACGUCGCGCCCAUGAAGGCAUUGGCGGCCGAAAUCACAGAUAAGCUUGGCAAGCGAUUGGCCUGGCUAGGAAUUCAAGUCCGCGAACUCACUGGAGAUAUGCAACUCACCAAGGCCGAGAUCGUGCAGACUCAGGUUAUCGUCACGACGCCCGAGAAGUGGGACGUUGUGACUCGAAAGUCUACUGGUGAUACUGAGCUUGUGCAGAAAGUGCGCUUAUUGAUCAUCGACGAAGUACACAUGCUUCACGACGAGCGAGGCGCCGUACUGGAAUCUCUUGUCGCAAGGACAGAACGACAGGUCGAAAGCACACAAUCCUUGAUCCGGAUCGUUGGGCUGAGUGCAACACUGCCAAAUUACAUCGAUGUAGCAGACUUUCUGAAAGUCAACCGAAUGGCAGGUCUCUUCUAUUUCGAUCAGUCUUUUCGUCCAGUACCUCUCGAGCAACAUUUCCUUGGCGUUAGGGGCAAGCCUGGCACAAAGGGUAGCCGAGAGAAUAUCGACAACACUGCUUUUGAGAAAGUCAAGGACAUGCUCGAGCAAGGCCACCAGGUCAUGGUCUUCGUGCACAGCCGCAAAGAUACGGUUAAGACUGCUCGACAGCUGUACGAGAUGGCUACCGAGCAGGGAAUGGCGGACCUCUUCGACUCAAGUACCCACGAGGGUUACACGCAAGCGCUCAAAGAUGUCAAGCAAUCCAAAGGACGCGAGAUUCGAGAGCUUGUGGCAAAGGGAAUGGGCACGCAUCAUGCGGGCAUGCCGCGAUCUGAUCGGAAUCUGAUUGAGCGGCUCUUUGCCGAAGGAGUGCUAAAAGUCCUCUGCUGUACUGCGACCCUGGCCUGGGGUGUCAAUCUACCGGCUGCCGCAGUUAUCAUCAAAGGCACUCAGCUAUACAGCGCAGAGGCUGGUAAGUUUGUCGACCUUGGUAUUCUCGACGUUCUCCAGAUCUUUGGUCGAGCUGGCCGUCCACAAUUUCAAGAUACUGGUAUUGGCAUGAUCAUCACAACCCAGGACAAGUUGCAGCAUUACCUCACUGCAGUCACCCAGCAACAGCCAAUUGAGUCGCAGUUCAGCAAAAAGCUGGUCGACAAUUUGAAUGCCGAAAUCUCGUUAGGCACCGUCACUAGCGUUCCUGAAGCCAUCACCUGGCUCGGAUACUCCUAUUUGUUCGUGCGAAUGAAGCGAAAUCCGAUCGCCUAUGGCAUCGAAUGGGCAGAAAUGCACAAUGAUCCCAAUCUGGUCCAGCGGAGGCGCGAUCUGGUUGUCAAAGCAGCUAGGAUCCUCCAGACCAGCCAGAUGAUCAUCUUCAAUGAGACAACAGAGGAGCUUCGAGCCAAAGAUGUCGGCCGGAUCGCCAGUCAAUUCUACGUCCUGCAGACCAGCGUUGAAAUUUUCAAUACUAUGAUGAGACCCAGGGCCACGGAAGCAGACGUGUUGAAGAUGAUCAGUAUGAGCGGGGAAUUCGACAACAUCACCAGCCGAGAGACUGAGGAGAAGGAGCUCAUGCGUCUCAAGGAGGAGGCUGCUCCAUGUGACAUCGAAGGCGGUAUUGGCACACAGCAAGGCAAGACCAACGUCCUGCUUCAGUCUUACAUCAGCAAAGCCAACCUGGAAGACUUCACAUUGGUCUCUGACAGUGCAUACGUCGCACAGAACGCGGCACGUAUAUGUCGCGCCCUCUUCAUGAUUGCUUUAAACAGACGAUGGGGCUACCAGUGCCUGGUCUUGCUUAGCAUGUGCAAGAGUAUCGAAAAGCGAGUCUGGCCAUACGAGCAUCCGUUCCACCAAUUCGAUCUGCCUCAAGCCGUUCUUCGCAACCUGGAUGAGAAAGGGAGCACUGGUGCCAUUGAAUCGUUAAGGGAAAUGGAUCAAGCCGAAAUUGGCAGCCUAGUACACAAUCAGAGGAUAGGAAGCACGAUUGGCAAGCUACUUGACAACUUUCCGACUGUCUCGGUUGAAGCUGAAAUCGCACCUUUGAACAGGGAUGUUCUUCGCGUCAAGCUGUACAUCGCUCCAGAGUUCAGGUGGAACGAUCGCCAUCAUGGCAAAAGCGAGAGCUACUGGAUCUGGGUCGAAAACUCCGAGACCAGCGAGAUCUAUCAUCAUGAGUACUUCAUUCUCAGCAGGAAGAAGCUGUACGACGACCACGAGCUGAACUUCACAAUUCCUCUGUCGGAUCCUCUACCCAGCCAAAUCUACGUGCGAGCAGUCAGCGACAGAUGGCUGGGAGCAGAGACCGUGACACCAGUAUCUUUCCAACAUCUCAUCCGACCAGACACCGAGAGUGUGUACACAGAUCUUCUCAACUUGCAGCCGCUUCCAACCACGGCACUCAAGAAUCCAUUGCUGGAGGAGAUUUACGGCCAACGUUUCCAGUACUUCAAUCCAAUGCAGACUCAGUUGUUCCAUUGCAUGUACUACACUCCAGCCAACGUCCUACUGGGAUCGCCGACAGGAUCUGGGAAGACUAUUGCUGCCGAGCUUGCGAUGUGGUGGGCUUUCAGGGAAAAGCCGGGUAGCAAGGUCGUCUAUAUUGCGCCAAUGAAGGCACUUGUCCGCGAGCGAGUUCAAGACUGGAGCAAGCGGCUCACAAGACAAAUGGGUCUGAAGCUCGUCGAGCUGACGGGUGACAACACUCCCGAUACCAGGACGAUUCGAGAUGCCGACAUCAUUGUCACCACGCCGGAAAAGUGGGACGGUAUCAGUCGUAGCUGGCAAACGAGAAGCUAUGUGCAGCAGGUCAGUCUCGUCAUCAUCGAUGAGAUACACCUACUUGGUGGCGAUCGUGGUCCCAUCCUGGAGAUUAUUGUCAGUCGUAUGAACUACAUUGCAUCACAGAAGAAGGGCUCAGUGCGACUUGUCGGUAUGUCCACUGCUUGCGCCAACGCUAUGGACCUCGCCAACUGGCUUGGAGUUAAAGAGGGGCUCUUCAACUUCCGCCACUCCGUACGGCCAGUGCCACUUGAAAUUUAUAUCGAUGGAUUUCCAGAGCAACGCGGCUUCUGUCCUCUUAUGCAGAGCAUGAACCGGCCAACUUUCCUUGCGAUCAAGGCUCACUCGCCGGACAAGCCUGUCAUCGUCUUCGUGGCUUCUCGUCGACAGACAAGACUGACGGCUCGUGACCUGAUCAACUUCUGUGGCAUGGAAGACAACCCAAGACGCUUCGUGAAAAUGUCAGAAGACGAGCUAGAGACCAAUUUGGCCCGUGUCAAGGAUGAAGCACUGAAGGAGGCCGUGAGCUUCGGCAUCGGUCUACAUCACGCAGGUCUUGUUGAGUCGGACCGGCAGCUGGCCGAAGAACUGUUCGCCAACAACAAGAUCCAGAUUCUGGUCGCCACAAGUACUCUUGCAUGGGGUGUCAACUUGCCAGCCCAUCUCGUCGUUGUCAAAGGCACACAGUUUUUCGAUGCCAAGAUCGAGGGCUACAAGGACAUGGACCUUACAGAUGUACUGCAAAUGCUGGGCCGAGCAGGUCGACCGCAGUUCGACAACUCAGGGAUUGCUCGGAUCUUCACGCAAGAUUCGAAGAAAGCCUUUUACAAGCACUUCCUACAUACUGGAUUUCCCGUGGAGUCCUCGCUGCACAAUGUCCUCGACAACCAUCUGGGUGCCGAAGUAUCCGCCGAGACAAUCGCGACAAAGCAGGAUGCCCUGGAUUACUUGACAUGGACUUUUUUCUUCAGAAGACUACACAAGAAUCCAUCGUACUACGGCCUCGAGAUAUCGGCGGAGGAAAACAACACGAUUGCUGCUCAGCAAGCAGCAAAUGAUUACAUGGUCGAGAUGGUCGACAAGUCUCUUUCCGAACUGGCGGAGUCAAAGUGUAUAAGCGUCGAACCUAAUGGCAAUGUCGAUCCAACGCCACUGGGCAAGAUUAUGAGUUAUUACUACCUGGCUCACAAGACCAUUCGGGAGCUGGUAGCGCAUGCAUCGCCAAGCGGGACCUUAGAGGAUGUGCUUUCCUGGAUGUGCCGCGCGACUGAGUAUGAUGAGCUCCCAGUCCGACACAACGAAGACCUCAUCAAUGCUGAGCUCUCUAAUAACCUUCCGCUCAAGGCGGACAGGCUAGGUCUGCCAAUGUGGGACCCGCAUGUCAAGGCGCAUCUACUGCUACAGGCGCACUUCUCUCGCAUCGAUCUUCCGAUCAGUGAUUAUGUUGGAGACAAAAACUCUGUGCUUGACCAGGCUAUCCGUAUCCUGCAAGCCAGCAUCGAUGUCCUCACCGAGCUGGGGUACUUGCAAAGCUGCAAGAUGAUGAUGACGCUCUUGCAGUGCGUCAAAUCCGCCCGAUGGCCGGACGAUGGUCCUCUGUCCAUCUUUUCCGGUGUUUCGCCCCAGCGCGAGAAGAAGCGCACCGGUGCACCCCAGUCUCUCAUCGAAGCUACCACGGCUCCGAAGCAGACAGUGGAGGAAGCUCUGAAGUUCCUCGGUAUCCCAGUCCCUUCACAUGCACGAGUGUUCAAGGAAUUGUCCCAGUUGCCUCAGCUCCGCGUCGGCGUCUCCGAUGUCAAUGCGCUAGGGCUGACCGUUAAUCUGUCCCGCGUGAACCCGCUACAAGAUCGCGACCAUCGAAUCUAUGCCCCUCGAUAUCCAAAACCACAGACCGAAGGGUACUUUGUCAUUGUUUCAGACGCUCAGAAGGGAGAGAUUCUGGCAUUGAAGAGGGUGAACUGGCCUAGUCCGCAAAAGAAUCGCGGUCCGGGGUCGAGUAAGCCUUCCACCAAGGCAACGAUCAAGCUACCACAGGAAGAUUCGGAGAGGAGGGUCGACGUGGUCGUCGUUAGCGAUAGUUACAUCGGCAUGGAAUGGAAACCUCCGCAGACUGUGGAGAUCCCUAGCGCGCCCAAGGUGGUGGACGACGGAUUGAAGAAGGAGAAAUAG